GUCGUAGCGGUAUAAAAAGGAGCCGCCGCUUAUUCCCGGGAGCUCCUUCGGCCGCUGGCCUGUUGUCAAUCAUGUCUUUGAGGAGCAGCCUCUCGAGGCUUUUUCAGAAGCAAGCUCAUUCCGCAUUCAAGAAAUCUGUUCACUCGGUGGCUGUGAUCGGAGCUCCGUUCUCGAAGGGGCAGAAACGAAGAGGAGUAGAACAUGGUCCUGCAGCCAUAAGAGAGGCAGGGUUAUUGAAAAGGCUCUCCAACUUGGGUUGCCGGGUGAAUGACUUGGGAGAUCUGAGUUUCACCCCUGUGGCCAGUGAUGAGUGUUAUAACAAUCUAGUUGUGAAUCCUCGAUCGGUGGGCCUUGCCAACCAAGAAUUGGCUGAGGCAGUUAGCAGGGCUGUGUCUUCUGGUCACCGAUGCAUCACUGUGGGAGGAGACCACAGUUUGGCAAUUGGUUCCAUUAGUGGCCAUGUCCGGCACUGCCCAGACUUGUGUGUUAUCUGGGUUGACGCUCAUGCUGACAUCAACACACCCCUUACCACUUUGUCAGGGAGUCUGCAUGGACAGCCAGUCUCCUUCCUCCUCAGAGAACUACAGGACAAGGUACCAUCUCUCCCAGGAUUCUCCUGGAUCAAGCCCUGUCUCUCACCCCCAGAUAUUGUGUAUAUUGGCCUAAGAGAUGUGGAUCCUGCUGAACAUUUUAUUCUAAAAAAUUAUGAUAUCUUAUACUUUUCAAUGAGAGAUAUUGACUGUCUUGGAAUCCAGAAAGUCAUGGAACAGACAUUUGAUCAACUGAUCGGCAAAAAACAAAGACCAAUUCAUCUGAGCUUUGACAUUGAUGCUUUUGACCCUUCACUGGCACCAGCAACAGGGACUCCUGUUGUGGGUGGGCUGACUUAUCGAGAAGGCAUGUACAUUACAGAGGAGGUACAUAACACAGGUUUGCUGUCAGCUCUGGAUCUAGUUGAGGUCAAUCCUCUCUUGGCUACUUCGGAGGAAGAUGUGAAGGCCACAGCUGGACUAGCAGUGGAUGUGAUCGCCUCAAGCUUUGGCCAGAAAAGGGCAGGAGGGCACAGUGGCUAUGAUCAGCUUCCCACUCCCAGUUCACCAGAUGAAUCAGACAAUGAAGAACGUAUUCGAAUUUAGUAUUUUUAUCCAUAGCUUCCACAGUAGGCAUUCCAGAGUUCUGCAGAGGCACUUAAAGGGAUAUUAAAAUUGGUGAUGUCAAUACUGCCUUGAUGAGAGCAUUGUUCUCAUAAUUGUUUAAAAAAUAUCCCUCCUCAUUUUUGAUGACCAAUGUUUACUAUAUUUCUGUAAUUUGUUUUAUUUAGUUCAUUGUGAGUUAAUAUAUUAGAAUACUCUAUAAAUUUAAAGAACUAAUAAACACAGCAUUUGUUACCUUGGUAUAGCA